AUGUCCGGUGUACUGAAGGCGCUGCUGAAGCGCGAGAAGCAGCUGAAUCAUUUUACUGAGUUAAUUGACCGCUUUCUCCACAACUUCGAUGAAGAGCGUGAUUCCCGACAGCUUAGUAUUCAUCUCCAGAAGCUGGAUGAAGUUGCGAAGGAAUUUUACGAUGUGCGCGGAAAAAUUGAGGUACUACAAGAAGACGAAGAACUGAAGGAAGUUGCUGGAAAAGAUCCCACGGUGAAAGAAGAGGCAGUGCAGGCUCGCGAAGAUAGCAAUUUCCAGGUGAUGCAUCAGUUUUAUGAUAGGUUUUGCAAUCUUAAGGCGGAAUUGAUAGAGCUUCAAGCGGGGACGGCCCAUUUGUUAUCAGGUUCCGAUAACCACCAAGCAGCAGGACCGGUCUCACGUGUUAAGCUACCUGACAUUCGACUGCCUUCGUUCAGUGGAAAAAUUCGCGAGUGGGUGACGUUCAGAGACACUUUCCGCAGUCUUAUCGACAACAACAACCAACUGACCGAUGUAGACAAAUUUACGUAUCUCCGAUCUUCGCUGUCUGGUGACGCAUUGCAGGAGGUCAGUUCAUUGGAGCUUUCGGCAGACAAUUACAGCGUAGCGUGGAAGGCACUGGUGAGGCGCUACGAGAACAAGAAGCUGAUAGUGAAGGCUCAUUUAGACGCACUAUUUUCACUGGAGACUCUGAAGAAGGAGAGUUACGACGGAAUUAAUCAGCUCAUUGGGGAGUUUGACAAAAAUCUGCAGAUGCUGGAGAAAAUCGGAGAGAAUACGGCUGGGUGGAGUACUCUUUUGGCGUACAUGCUAUGUUCGCGCCUGGAUUCUGCUACUCUUCGUCUCUGGGAGACUCAUCACGGUUCUACUGAAGUCCCACCGUAUGAUAAAGUGAUCGAGUUCCUCCGAAAUCAUUGCUCUGUACUACAGUCGAUCAGCACAUCAAGACCUUCCGUUCCAGAUCACCGACCACCAAAGACUUCAUUCUGCCAUACUACAGCGAGAUUGCCCGGCAGAUGUCCGUUCUGCAGUGAGUCGUGGCACACUGCCUUCCAUUGCAUUAAGUUCCAACGAAUGAAGGUUCCAGAGAGAAGUGAAGCUGUGAAUAAGAACAUGUUGUGCCGCAAUUGUCUGAGCUCUGGUCAUUAUGCACGAUCUUGUGAUAAAGGAGUCUGCCAUCACUGUCGUCAGAAACACCACUCCAUGCUGCACAUCAACCAGGUAAGAUCCUCCGUUCCAACCCCGCAGACGAAACCAUCGGCAGCAAACCAACAGCCACAGACUAAACCACCAACUCUGAACCAACACGCCCACACACAAUCAAGCAACACACCUGCUACCUCUGCUAGCUCGCAGAUCAUACAUACUCCGUCCACCUCACAAAACGCCACCACCAGCCACAACUUCGUUGCACUUCCCAAUACACCAACACACAAUAUUCUAUUAUCAACUGCUCUUGUGAAACUAUCGGAUCGAUUCGGAAACUCUGUACUAGCUCGAGCAUUGCUAGAUUCGUGUUCUCAGCAUUGUCUCAUGUCUAAAGAGUUCUCAACGAAGCUGAAGUUCGACGAGUUAUCAUCAUUUUUAGCUGUCCAAGGAAUUGGGUCAGCUCGUUCGUUGUCCACCAAAUCUGUUCAGGCAGAAGUGAGCCCGAGACUGUCAGACAUCUCACACUUUGCUGAACAGAUGCAAUUUCACGUCUUGCCGAAGUUGACCGUAGCCUUGCCCACCGCCAACAUUGAUCCACACCAGUGGAGUCUUCCGGAGUCAACCCUCAUGGCGGAUCCACAAUUUCACGAAACUGGUCCUGUUGAUGUCAUCAUCGGAGCAGAAUACUAUAUGGAUUUGCUAAAGGAAGGCCAACUGAAGGCGACAAGUGAAGGGCCCACGUUGCAGAAUACCGUUUUUGGCUGGAUCGUAUCUGGUCGAGUUCCCAAUACCUCUUCUUGCAGACUAUCGUCGGUGACCCAUGCGUGUUCCACUGCGGAUAUUCAAGACCAGCUUACCAGGUUUUGGGAACUGGAAACAUGCCGCACCAGAAGUACGCACUCCCUCGAAGAAUCUGCAUGCGAAGACCAUUUCGAGAAGACAACAGUGAGAAACAGUAAAGGUAGAUUUGUUGUCACAUUACCCAAGAAGGAAUUUGUCAUCAAUCAGCUUGGCGAAUCCAAAGAGAUAGCAGUACGACGUUUUGCGGGAUUGGAGAAAAGAUUUGCUGCGAAUCCGCAGUUGAAGCAGCUGUACACCGAGUUCAUCAGCGAGUAUCAGAACCUCGGUCAUAUGGUGGAAGUCGUCAACGAAACAUCGAGCGGUAUAGAAUAUUAUUUACCUCAUCAUGCAGUCUUGAAGCCGGACAGCACAACUACGAAGCUGCGAGUAGUCUUCGACGCAUCUUGCAAAACGAGCACAGGUGUGUCUCUCAACGACGCCUUGAUGGUGGGUCCGGUAGUGCAAGACGAUUUGCUGGACAUCAUUCUACGAUUUCGAUUGCAUCGGUACGCGAUAGUGGCAGACGUCGCAAAGAUGUAUCGCAUGGUGAAUGUUACAGCAGAUGAUCAACGACUUCAAAGAAUUCUAUGGCGAAGUUCGGUAGAAGAGCAGUUGCGUACGUACGAACUAACGACAGUAACGUACGGUACAGCGUCUGCACCGUAUCUAGCGACGAAGUGCCUGCAGAAGUUAGCGGAAGAAGGAAGACAAACGCAUCCGGUAGCUGCUAAAGUGCUUAAGCAGGACUUCUACGUCGAUGAUAUGUUGACAGGUGUAGACAACAUUGAAAGAGGGAACCAGUUCGUCGGUGAUAUGAUUGCGUUGACUAAAUCGGCAGGAUUUAUGCUGCGUAAAUGGAACUCUAACUGUAAGGAGAUUCUACUGAACGUGCCGGAGAGUUUGCGUGAUGAUCGUACGAUUUUAGAGCUAGACUCGGCGAGUUGCGCAGUAAAGACUUUGGGUUUGGUUUGGGAACCCGGUACGGACACAUUCCGGUUCAGUACACCGAAGUGGAGCACAGGUGUCAUCACGAAACGAGCUGUUCUCGCUGAUGUGUCCCGUUUAUUCGAUCCGUUGGGAUUAGUCGGUCCCGUAGUAAUUCAGGCCAAGAUCUUUAUACAAGACUUGUGGAUGCAAGAAUGCGGAUGGGAUCAGCCACUGGGUGAAAGGCUGCAAGAACAGUGGCAAGAGUUUAGGCGGAAUUUGGCCGGCCUGGAAGGACUAUCCGUACCACGGUGGACGGGAAUCGGCAGUCACGUUGUAUCAGUAGAAAUCCACGGAUUUUGCGAUGCGUCCGAGAAGGCCUACGGGGCAUGUAUCUACAUUCGAACCGUAGCCGAUGGAGGAGCGGUCGAUGUGCAUCUUUUAACGUCGAAGUCCCGUGUUGCCCCAUUGGAAAAUUUGAAGAAGAAGAAGAAGAAACAAUCGAUUCCGCGCUUGGAACUUUCGUCGGCAUUGUUGUUGGCACACGUUUAUGAAAGGGUGGUGAACAGCAUUCGCAUCAAUGCUAAGGCAUACUUUUGGACGGACUCGAUGAUCGUCAAGUGCUGGCUUCAGUCGCCACCAUCUAGGUGGAAGGAAUUUGUAGCAAACCGUGUGUCAGAAAUCCAGCACAUUACAAAGAAUGGAACUUGGAACCAUAUCGCCGGCAUCGAUAAUCCAGCAGACAUAAUUUCACGGGGUAUGACUCCAGCGCAAUUGCAGUAUCAAUCUCACUGGUUCAGAGGACCCAACUGGACCUUUCAUGAGAGGGUACACUGGCCGAUAAGCCAGCAGAUCCACGAAGAAGAAAUCGAGUCGUCAGUGUUGGAAGAAAAGGAAACGGUGACAGUGGUUCUUCAAGCAGCACUGCCCAGCGAAGUUUUCAGUCUGCGAUCAUCAAUGGUGGACCUGACCAGACUAGUUGCUUUGAUCCGUCGAUUCCGCUUUAAUGCUCAAGUUGCUAAUCGAAAUUGUCGCAAACUAGGAACCAUUUCGUCCGAAGAGCUCGACGAUGCUGUUCGGUCAUUAGUUCGUUUGUCACAGGAAGAAUGUUAUCCGCAAGAGCUGAUAGAUGUCGCACGGGCACACCACGUUCGUUCUUCGUCUAGAAUCGCAUCAUUGAACCCUCGACUACGCGAAGGGAUACUUUGUGUCGGCGGCCGGUUACGACACGCUUCUGUUUCAGUUGACCGCAAACAUCCAUUCAUCGUAGAUCACCGACACCCUCUCGCCAUAGUAAUCGCCAGAUACUACCACCAGAAAUUGUUUCACGCCGGACAGCAGCUGACGAUUUCAACCAUGCGAGAGCGAUUCUGGCCUACGAGCGUCCGAAAUCUGGUCCGGAAAGUCAUUCACAGUUGCGUGGCGUGUUUUCGAACGAAACCUAAGGUUCAUGAACAGCUGAUGGCAGAUUUACCACCAGAACGUGUCACCCCCUGUGCUCCAUUCCAGAGAGUCGGAGUGGAUUAUUGCGGACCGUUUUACGUCGUAUAUCCUCACCGCAAACGCCAGCCGGUGAAGUGUUUUGUAGCGAUUUACGUUUGUCUGGUUACAAAGGCUGUGCAUCUGGAAUUAGUAGCAGAUCUUACAACGCAGGCAUUCUUGGCAUCUCUCAAGCGGUUUGCAGCCCGGCGCGGAAAGCCGGACCUAAUUAUGUGCGACAACGCCAAAAACUUUGUCGGCGCUAAACGAGAAUUAGACGAACUCCGUUCUCUGUUCCUAAAUCAGAAGUUUCGAGACAUCGUAGAGAAGGAGACAGCCAGUGAGGAUAUACAAUUUCGGUUCAUUCCAGCACGAUCGCCGAACUUUGGAGGAUUGUGGGAGUCUGCAGUCAAGUCCUUCAAAACGCUCUUUAAGCGCACAAUCGGUUCCCACAGUCUGAUCUACGACGAGAUGCAGACCGUACUGGUGCAGAUAGAAGCUAUUCUAAAUUCCCGCCCGCUGACCCCACUCAGUAAUGAUCCAGACGAUUUUGAGGCUCUGACCCCAGGUCAUUUUCUCAUUCAGAGGCCAUUAGUAGCGAUUCCGGAACCCAAUCUAACUGAAAUCCCGGAAAAUCGGCUAUCAGCAUGGCAAAAGAUCCAGCAUUACACUCAGGAACUUUGGAAAAAGUGGACACGCCAGUACCUGUCAGAGCUACAGAGCAGAACGAAAUGGACCCAGCAGAAGGACAAUGUAGCAGUCGGAACGAUGGUGGUUCUUAAAGAAGAGAACUUACCGCCUCUAAAAUGGUUAUUGGGACGAGUGACUGAGGUACACCACGGACCAGAUGGCAACAUUCGAGUAGUCGAUGUGCGUACAACAAAUGGCAAUUAUACCAGGGGGAUCUCCAAGAUCUGUAUAUUGCCUAUUCGAGACAAUUCCAACCUAUCAUCAGAGGAGAUCUAG